GGUUGCUCACUGUUGGCAACAUUGGCCGAUAGGCUGUGGAAGCGGCGCUGUUACCAAGCCAAAAUGGCCGACAUUGACUCAAACACUUUUUAUAAACCCCUCAAGAAUAACUUCGGCUACUGCCUGCGCCUCAACGCCGUCUCCACCCUCCUGAGGAAACAUGAGGAAAAUACCUCGACGAGGUAUUCCCUCAUCCGGUCAGAUCCGAACUUCGGAAACUCAACGUGGAACAAUGAAGACUGUCGAAUACAGUGGGAGGAAGGUGAAAAAAUUGUUGGAGAGCGGCUAAUGUUUGACGGUGUACCGUUUUUUGUGUUAGGCACAAGAUAUCUUGGGUGUCAAUUUGGAAAUGAGAGUGAUCAGAAGAUGAGCAUUUACUUGGAUCUAAAGGAUUCUCCUUCUGGCCAGUGUGAGGCUAAACGAGAGAAAUGCCCAGCAAAGAUCAUAUUGAAGGAAGUAAUCAAGUUCCCACAUUAUAAGAUUGAAUCUAAUACCAAUUAUGAAAAGAAGAAAUGGUCAAAGUUGGUAAGAGAUGACCUCUGUAAAGGAACUGCAAAAACAGAACGCCGUAUAUAUGUAGAAUUACCCAAGUCAGAUGCUCACGUUCACACAAUUACUUGGAAGCAGACCAGUGGUGUCACUACUACCAUGCCAACUCAUUGCUUGGUAUGCAAUGCCAGACUCUCUUCAUCUACAAGAGCUACUGUAUCCCUAUUUUCAGAUGGGGUCAGGACAUCCCAUCGUCAGUUAGAGGUAGCGUCUGUCUUAAGCAGCAUCGUGAACAAAGAAUUAAUUGCCAGCAAUUUACAUUCCACUAUGAUUUGUAGCAAGUGCUUCAACCUGAUUGAUGACAUUGAUGCACUGGAGGAGCAGUUGUCGAGUAAAAAGCAGCACGUAAUGGAUAAAUUUGAAAGGACGUUGGUAGAGGUGAAUGGUAAAGCAGAACUGAAGGAGGAUGCAGUGGAUGAGUUAGAUAGUCAGGAUGAUCAGCUAUAUGGAAAGCGACCUCGUGUUGAACGAAAAAGAGGCAGACCACCUGGCCCGAAGUAGAGGAAGAGGAUCAUUUAGAUCUCGUGGGAGGCCAAGAACCAGUGGCCUCCAGAAGUCUCAGAGCAGAAGUGUUGUUAAGAUAGAGGUUGAUGAGGACAAACUCGAGGACUUAACAGCAACUUACGUCACAGAAGUCACAUCGCCACCUUCCUUAAAGACCA